AAUUUAUUGCGAGAAUAGGGGAUAGCGCGUGGGCAGGACAGUGAGAAAGGCAUUUCAUGGUCAAAGCAACAACACACAACAACAAUGGACAGCCCAAAUGAGAAUGAAAAUCAGAGUAUUCAGUACUGGAAGGAUCGAGCGACGUAUCUGAAGCAUGAACUGGAGGAAUUCACAGAGAGCAGCCAUCAGCUGGAGCAGGAGCUGGAGUACCAGCUGAAGCUGAAGGAGGAGCAAAUUCGGGAAUUGCGUCUGAAGCUCAAUAAGCAACAGCAGGAAAAUGAGAUGAUGCGCCUCAAGCUGAUUAAGAGCGAGAAUGAGAUCACACAGCUGGAUGGGAGGUACCAAAGUGAAAAACGCGAAAAGGAGGAGAUGCACAAGUACACGCGAGAGUUGGAACAGAAGAAUGAUGACCUCGAACGGGCACACAGGAUCGUCACGGAAUCCCUUGUGGAAUUAGAGAGGUCCUUGAACAAGGAGUACGAGAAGAAUGUGAUGCUGGAGGUGGAGAUUGAGAUGGAGAAGGAGACAAAACAGGAGCAGCUGCAGCGAUGGAUGGAUGAAACAAGAGAUUUGAAGCAAGAACUCAAAAUCCGUCAGAAGCCUGUUAAUAAUAACAGUCAAGCUGAGGGGGGUGUCUCCACGGAAACACAGACAACACCACGUUCCAGAGGUGCCGCAGAAAUUGUGGCUUCAGCCGUUCAAACACUCCCGGAAGCCUCCGUUCGUCGAGACAAUUCCAUAAAACAAUCGACGAUGGCGUCAACGGAUCGCCUGAAAAAUGGGAAUGCAUUGCCAGCGAGCACCAGGACAACGGCUCUGGCAAUUGUGGCGGAUCUCCUGCGUCGAGUCAAUCUCGAGAGCAAAUUGCUGUGCUCAACUUGCAAGAGAUUUCGAUGUUCGUGUGUCGUUGAUCCAUCAAAUAUUAUUCCUCCACACACUUCUUCCCCCAUUGAGAAUGCAUCAGAUGAGACGAGAUCGAGCAAUUGGUUUCUGGAAAGAAUCCAACAGACUACAAGUCGCUUAAAUAAGACAAUCGAUGCCACGCUUAAGGAGCUGAAGCAGCAACCACGGGGAGCAGAUGAGAGUCAUCAAGUAACGAAAACAGCAUCAUGUGAUAAUAAUAUUCAUAUAAAAUGAGAGAUUUCACCUCCAAAUCUGCGGAAAUCAGUAGUGUGGGAGGUGCAAGCAGUAUAUAACAAGAAUUUCAACUGGAAAAAAUAAUCCAGAGCCCAUAUUUAUUUAUUUUAAUUUUUUUUUAAAUAAAAACACACACUCACCCCCUUUAUUGCGAUCUUCUCGUUACUAUAUUGAAUGUUGUGUAGUACAAAGAAAGAAAAAAAAGUGAAAGAGCAGUAUGAACAAAAGGAGGAAGGAGUAUUUGCAAAUAAAUGUGUAGUAAAAUUGCUGAAAA